AUGAGCUGCGUUUCAGGGGAAUGCAGACCCAAAACCAAAAGCGAGCAGCGAGAUGAGAGAAGGAAACUCGCUGCUCGCUUUGAUGGUUUGACCAAAAAGCUUGAAGAGGUAGCCCGGCUUCAGCAGCAUCGUGAAGAUACCCGCAUCGAGAAAUACUCGUGUAUCAAUCUAACGGAGGAAGAUAUUGGGUCUCCAGGUCAUACCCCCCAGCGAUAUCGAGAUGCCUACCAGGACUUCACCGAUCUAUACGGCAAUUACUUUGACGAUGACGACUCCGUUACCGGUACCGAUGAGGAUGGCAAACCUGGAGGAUCCAAGAAGGACGAAGACUGUGAAAGCGUUGCUUCGGAAUCUACCACCGCGUCUGAGAAGUAUAACAUGUACAGUAUCUCCGAAUCAGUUCUUCGCAUGGCUAUUGGAUUCCCAGGCUGGGUUCCUAUUUACCCCAAGAAAAAUGAAAGAGUCUAUGGGACUGAUUCUACCGUGUCCUCUGCUUCUCCUCCAACGCAAGUCAAGGAGACUCGGAAGGGCGCCUCGAAUGAAGGAUACCGUGGUUCCAUGAAACUCGGCCAGAAUACCUCUGCCUCUACAUCUUCCCCAGACAAAGAGAACAAGAAAGAAGGCGGCCUCGACUCCGUUCACUCCGUCACUUUCUCUCCUUCCCCAGGCGCCGAUAACGUGGAAUUUGGACCUCACUCACCCAUCUCCCUCUCACCUCCCCCCAGCCCUACUGAUAUGCUAGGCCCCUGCGACUCAGACUCGGUCUACUCCUUAUCCUCCCCUGCCAACAACGAUAACAUGGAUCCCGAGCCUGAGAGUGAGGAUGACGAUGAAGGUAAAGAUGCGAUAAUCUAUCCUAGCAUUGAGGGAGACGACCAAACUGAGUUACCAUCUACUCAGCCAGAGGGAGACUCAGAUGCUACACUCUCUGAUCCAGAUAGAGAAGAUUCUGAUUCCGUAUCUGGCACCAGUUACGAUAGUACCCGUCGCAUCAACAAACCCGUCAACCAUAAGUUUUUCCACCUUCAUCAUCGCGUCCCCAAGAGACCUGCCACACCCAGCUCUGCGAACGGCAACAUCAAGCGUUCAAAGACCGACCGUUCAAACCCAUAG